UCAGCGACAAGAUUCAACACGUCCGUGGCCCCGCACCCGACCUUACAUCGCCACCGGCAACCUGAGGGUCCGGGAUUCGAAGCGCUGUCACCGCAAAGGACGGUCCUGUUUGACCAUUUCUUUGCUCGCGAGUUUGUAUCAGUGUCAGUGAGGAAUCAGCAAGUGCCCACAGGAUUUGGAUACAGUGCUAAACCACACAGAACCACCAUGGUCAAACCCAGAGUUUCAAGGCAAGCCAGGAGACGGCAUAGGGGCGGCAAAAAAGUUGUGGAAGUUGAGGUUAAAGGCCUAAACAUGGCCCAUUCUUGCGGUGUGACGGGAGUCUCUGAGGGUGACAUCUCAAGAAUGGACUUUGUCCAGCCCAACAGCAUCCCAGCCCAGACUCAAGAUUUUACUCAAUUUGUUGACACUUUUGACAUCGCAACAAUGGAGCAAAAUUUGUCUGAAGCUAUGCUGCCUGCUCUGAAACAACUUGAAGAAGCCAUCGCUAUGGAAGACCAAUUUGUGGCAAACCUGCAACUCCCCAGUUCAGGAAAUGAUAAGAAUUGCAUCACCGACGGAAUUCGUGAUGGCUCUGCUCAUGUUCUGCGCUGCCUCAAGGUUUGGUACGACUUGCCUUCCGAUGUGCUCUUCACAGCUAUCAACUACAUGGACAGGUUCCUCUCAAAGAUGAAGAUUCAAGCCAAACACAUGGCUUGUGUGUCAGUGAGCAGCUUCUCACUGGCUGUUCAGCAAGUGGCUCUUCAUGGAGGCUGUCCCGAGACUGAUUUACGAGACUUGGCAUUGAUUUCACAAUCUAAGUGCACAUCUGGGGACUUGCAGCGGAUGGAAAGCAUCAUAGCACUAAAGCUUGAUGUCAACCGUGUAUCUGCUAGUGGAUUACCAGCAACACCUUUAAGUUUCCUGCGACUGUACCAUUCUCUCUUCCUUUCAUCUGACAUGGGUGUCCUUUUCCAAAAGACACUUGCAGCUGGUGCUCAGGGUCCAGAUAUUUGGCAGCGACUAGAAAUUGUUGUCUGCGAUUCCAAGUGUUCAGUAUUUAGGCCCAGUGUCAUUGCACUUGUACUUCUGUGCACACAACUCCAAGCAGGAGUGGAAGCUUUGGGCGAUCAGGCUGAUCCUGCAUUAUGUGCUCAGCUUGUGCAGCUUGUAUCUUUUGCUGUCUGCCUUCAGAAAGUGUCACAGAUUUCUGCUGCUUCAUUUUCCAUCUGUCUUGAGGCUGUUAAUGAAGUGAUGUCCAAGUACAAUGCGCAAGCUCAGAUGCCUCAUCGCCAGCGCCUUGUGUGGAAGUUGUCUCAUCGCACCCGACGCCUUCUUCGCCCCAUUGACCGUCUUGCAGCUCAACUACCGACUAUUGAGGAGCACAAGCAAUUCACUGUUUCUGAAUCACGGCCAAGAUCGGGAAGUGUAAGCUCUGAAGAGAGUUCAGAAUCUGAGAAGGAAGAGCCCUGUAACAGGAAAGUUAGUGGUGACAAAGCUGAACAGAUGCACUGGUAUAAAAUUCAGCCACCCAUGUAUCAUGAGGAAUGACGUUCAUUCAUACUUGAUUGAAUGGGCCUGUCAUACCCAUGUGCACUACCCACCAGCUUCUCACUUUCGAUCGCCUAAUUCUCUGUAAUAUUCAUAUCAAUUUUAUUUUAACUCAUGACCGCCUUAUUUAUACCAAUGACAGCACAAAAAAUGUUUUAUUUGUAUUGAUGGUUUUGCCUUAAAGUUAAAGGUACACAAUUGUCCAUAACUUUACUGCUGCUGAUUGGCUUGAUUAAUCUGCAUUUUAUCAGGACACUCUUACAAUGAUAAGCAUUUAUGUGUUAACCAUUGGAAAAGCUGUUGUGGUAACAUUCUCUUUAAAUGCCUUUUUAUAAAUUUUUCUGACAGAGCUGCGCUUAGUUAGAAUCCUAGUUAUUAAGCUUAUUUAUGUUGCACUGACGGUCAAUUAUAGAGAACAAUGAACUGAAAUCACUUUUAAUUAUCUGUGGGUUGUGGAAGAGAAUUGUUACUUGUUGUAAGGUAACGUGGGUUCUUUCAUGUUGCUUCAUCUUUCCACAGUUCAAGCUGCUUCAAAUCAUGUUACCACAGCAUAAAAAUCAAAUAAAAAUUAUAAAUGUUAAAAAUCUAUAAGUAUUAAAAAAAUAACUAGUUGUAAGAUAGGCCUAAGCAAUGCAUUUUGUGAUCAGUUCUAACACUGCUCUUUCCUGACCCUGCUAUUGAGGAAGAGAGGUAAUUUACGAGUAUAAUUGUAUGCACUGUUGUUUUCAGAAAGUUGUCCGUUCUGGAAGUUUUGUAAUGCGCCUGACCUCUGGUAUGGAGGCAGUUCAGAGGCCACACUUGCACGGAUUUGUUGUGUUAAACACUUUCUUAUAUAUUUAUGCAGCCAGUGUAUUGCUAGUCAUCUUGUGUUAAGUUAGCCUCAUUUAUCAUUGCCCAGUUCUGACCAGAUGGGUCAAAUUGAAGGCUUCUCGGUCAUAUAGCUACUGUGUACUUGUCCCAUGCCCCAUCACUGGUUGAGAAAGGCACAAUGAGUCUUUGACUGUUCCUGAAGCCAUUGUACGACUUAAAGUGCAGGGUGUAACUUGACUUACUAUUGUAAAUUGUCGACUUGGAGGACCACUUCGAGCUGUUUGGAAAGGUUGCAUCUGCCUUUAUUAGUGAUAAAGUACAAAAAAAGUUAUAUAACGCGUGUUUAAACAAAAAAAAAAUUCCUUCCAAAGGUAAGAUCUCAAAUCUUCGUUUCUUAUUGUGUGUUAUGCGUGUCUGUGACAUGGUGUGUAUUUGAGUGUGUGUGAGAUUGUGCAAAGUACUUUCUUUUCUAUUUCAUUGUAAGGUCAUUAUUAUAUUGAACGUUGGAAGUGAUACUCUUGCCACAGAAAGAAGGACUUAGCUCUAAGAAUUAUCCCUAUAUUUGUUACUGUUAAAAAUUUUUAAUUUGUUUAUUUACUUUGAUGAUUCUUUAUAUUUCUUUAUUUUUCAAUAGAGUUAAAUCUUCUGUUUUAAGAAGAAGAGUUCAGAGUUUCUUCUUUCUGUGCGGAAGUAUUGCUAUUAUGGUGUUUGAGCUUGACAGCUCUAGAUAAGAUGGGUGUGAGUGUUCUAUCUCCUGUAUUAUGUAUUUAGUUUUAUUUAUUGACAUCAAAAUCAUUCUUUUCUAAAUCUCAUCUCAUCUUAUCUCGUCUCAACUGACAAAUCUUUAAGUGCCAAUAUUCCUUUUCACCCAAAAUCCAUUUACCUAAGAGACCAUGGAUAUCAUUAUUGUAACCCUUGUGUCUUUGACUACCGACUGAUGUGGAGGAAAGGAAAAAAACAAAAACAAAAUAAAUAUUCGGCACGGCGCAAGCCAUGUCCCUUUUCACCUUAAA